AUGGCGGAGGGAGAUCUGAACGUGGACAGCGUUAUUUUCCGCCUCUUAGAAGACCGGGAAUGCCGCCCGCAAAUGACUGUGCCGCUGACAGAGACGGAGAUUCUCGGCCUCUGCAUUAAGUCGCGGGAGAUCUUCAUGAGCCAGCCAAUCCUUCUUGAGCUCGAGGCGCCACUUAAAGUUUGCGGCGAUAAACAUGGUCAGUAUACAGACCUCAUCCGGCUCCUUAAACGCGGCGGCUUCCUUCCUGAGACAAACUACCUUUUCCUGGGUGAUUACGUUGACCGAGGCCAGCAGUCACUGGAGACCAUUUGCCUGCUGCUAGCCUACAAGGUUAAGUACCCCGAAAACAUCUUCCUUCUUCUAAACUACGAGUGCGCGUCCGUCAACCGCAUUUACGGGUUCUACGACGAGUUCAAGCGCUGCUACAACAUCAAGCUCUGGAAGACGUUCACCGACUGUUUCAACUGUCUGCCCGUCGCCGCCAUAAUCAACGACAAAAUAUUCUGCUGCCAUGGCGGACUCUCGCCCAACCUACAGCCGAUGAAACAGAUAAGGAGUAUCAGGAGACCAACAGACGUUCCAGAAACAGGCCUUUUGUGUGAUUUACUUUGGGCGGAUCCCGACUAAAACAUCCAGGGCUAGGACGAGAAC